AUGCGCCAUCAGUUGGAAGCUUUUGUUGUCAUGCAUUUCAACGUCGCUGAAUUUAUUCGUUUGCCGUUUCUACUGCGGCUGAUGCUUUAUCGAACCUUCCAAUUGGCACUACUCAUGAAGCUUCUUCUUCACACAAGCAAGCUCUCCUUGGAGCCUGCGGGAGUUGCCGGUGUGGCAGAAAGGUGGAAUCCCGCAUCUGCAAGUGUCUUCUCACCUUCAGUGACCCCUGUGCAUCCACUUGCAUGGGCCAUGUCUCUUCAAAGUAUCUGGUCUUGUUUUACGGGCCUCGGAAGCUUGUCCAGGUCUAAACAAGACACCGAAGAAAUCAGCUUCGAGGACCUGCCUUGGCAAGAAAACCUUGACCAAAUGAUCAACGAGGUCCUCCUUACGGAAAUCGCCAGACUUCGAGCUACCUUCAGUCAGCACUUGCGCGAGCACGAGGUCGCUCUGUCCCAGCUGCGCUCUGACGGGCAUGCGCGUUCGUGCACCCGGCAUGAUGUCGAGCUUCUCAGGCAACAGGUUCAGCUGAUGGAAAGACAUCGUCGGCGACGAAACUUUGAAGUGAAAAAGCUCCGAAAGGCGAUGAAAGAAGUACGAAAUGCUCUUUUUUCAGAAACGCCUCCAGCUGCUCAGGGGCACCUGGCUGCAAAGCAGCUCCUCGAUGAGGUGCGAAAUGAGCGCGAACGGAGGCUAGCUGAGAAGCGCUAUUUGGAGGACCAAAUAAAGAAGCUGAGCGACGAGGUUGAGGAACAGCAAAAUGCUGCUCCACUUGUCGAUCAUGAAAAGGAAAAGCUGAAAGCCUCCGUCAGGCAGCUGAAGUUGUCAAUAGAAUCGAAAGAUCGAUAUGCAUGCUGGGUGUGCAACCGGGCAUCCCAUGAGCGCCAGGAGUCCGGAUCGGACACCGAGGACUCGGACCGCCAUGAAGACGAGUGCGUGAUGAUGAGAAGGCGCUUGGUGGAAAUGGAGGAGGAGAUUCGCUUGCUGACUGGUGGCACUGCAGGCAGUGGUUUGGCCGAUUUUCAGAGUGCAGCGCCUUCCCAGGCAUCCAGCCAAAAGCCUUCUGCAAGGCUUUCCCUCGAGCCACCGUCCAUUGCAGAGUCGCCAUUGAGCUUGCGACCUUUUCGGGAGCGAGUGCCUCUCGACGUGAAAUGCCAACAUGAAAGUUGA